UCGAGCUGGUCCCACCGUUGAACCAGCCUCUCCACGUGCAAGAUUCAAGCGUAUGCGCGGUAGUUUCGCCGUCGGAUAACGAACCGGUUGCUUCGCCAGCCCUUCUAUUGGAGGAUCCGUCAACUUGGGCGAGUCUUGAGGAACUCGACCCGUUGACGGUUAAGGACUUCCAAUGGUUGCCUCUUCCCUCCACCGGUUCUUUGCAAACUCCGCAUUGCAACGCCUUAAUGGCACAUCUACGCGAAUACUCGCAUGCUGCAGUACCACCUCCGUCAACGGACGGCGGAGUAGCGGUUGUUGACCUUCGUAGCUAUCUUGCGAAGAUCGACCGCGAGUAUGCAACGCAACUGUACGUCGGCAUCCCACUUCUCUGCAUCCGCAUUCAGAUCGGAAAGGCGACCUGCAGUGCCUUGAUCGAUUGUGGAGCGACUCGCAACUACAUCAGCCAAGACUUCAUGGCACGCGUCAGGCUUGGCCCGCGCGUUCGAAGGAAAAGUCAGCCUACGCACGUCACGUUGGCCGAUGGUCACACGCAAAAGUCAAUCGACCGAUGCAUUGACUCGGUGCCCGUGUACUUUGUCCCGCUAGCAUGCGGGGCCGUGUCUUUCGACAUAUUGGACACCAAGUUCGAUAUCCUAGGCAUGUCGUGGGUGCAAAGCGAAGACCAUCCGGUGAACAUCUACAGACGCACCGUUCACGUUCGUGAUCGGCGCAGCGAACUAGUCCCAUGUACGGUGUCGCUUCCUCAUCCUUCAAUUGGUUGUCACAUGGUAUCCGCGGCGAGCAUUCGCCAAUCCAUCUGGCGGAACAACAUCGAGGAGAUGGGCAUAUGUUUUCUUCACGCCCUCCCACCCGGUGAUCAUCCCAAGACGGAUACGUCGGACCCACACAUCAUUGACCUGUUGGACAGCUAUGAGGAUGUCUUCCAAGCUCCCGCCAGAGUUGUACCGGAUCGGCCCAUACGCCACAGGAUCACUCUCGAGGACGGCGCCGUACCUCCGCGCGGAUGUAUCUAUCGCAUGAGUGAAGAGGAACUUCAAAUUGAGAUCCAGCCAAGAGACCGGUACAAAACCGCAUUCAAGACGCGGUAUGGGCACUUUGAGUGGAUCAUCAUGCCUUUCGGUCUCACCAAUGCCCCGACUACUUUCCAAGCGGCAAUGACGACGGAAUUCCGUGACUUGCUCGACCGCACCGUGCUCAUUUACCUCGAUGAUAUAUUGGUUUAUAGCCGGACGCUGGACGAGCACCUCAAGCACCUUCGCGCCGUUUUGGAGCGGCUUCGUAUCGCCAAGAACAAGGCAAACCGCGACAAGUGCGAGUUUGCCCAGCAAGAGCUGGAGUACUUAGGCCAUUACUUCACGCCGCAAGGCAUUCGUCCGCUCGCAGACAAGAUACAAGCCAUUCAAGAUUGGUCGGACCUCAAGUGUACGACUGACGUCCGCUCCUUUCUCGGCUUGGCAUCCUACUACAUGCGCUUCGUCAAAGGAUUUCAACGUAUCGCUGCACCAUUGUCGCGACUUCAGUCCCCCUUGGUGCCCUUCGAGUUCAGUGAUGAAGCCCGGCAUGCGUUUCACACGUUGAAGACGACUUUGCUUCGAGCUCCCGUCUUAAGCAUCUAUGACCCGACCUUGCCCACCAAAGUGACUACGGACGCUUCCGGUUACGGCAUUGGCGCGGUUUUGGAACAGCAUGACGGCACAAACUGGCAUCCGGUUGAGUACUUCAGCCAAAAGGUGCCGCUCAUCAACACUCUUGAUGAUGCGAGGAAGAAGGAACUCCUAGCUUUUGUCACCGUACUUAAGCGUUGGCGUCACUUUCUCCUCGGGCGUCGGCGAUUCACGUGGGCAACGGACAACAAUCCGUUGACAUAUUACAAGACGCAAGACACGGUGACCAGCAUGAUCGGUCGGUGGACGUACUUCAUUGACCAGUUCGACUUCACCUCCAAGCACAUUCCGGGCUCCUCGAACAAGGCAGUGGAUGCUCUCUCGCGAAGACUUGAUCUUUGCGCCUUGGUGCACUGCACAUUCGACCUCGACGAGAACCUGCAACAACAUUUCGUAAACGGCUACAAGUCGGAUCCGGGAUUCUCCACACUCUAUGCGGACUUAUCAUCGGAUCAACCGCCGACAAGCAACUAUUGCAUUGUCGACGGCUACUUGCUUCUCCAUACACGAGGCAAAGACUUGUUGUGUGUUCCCCAAGACCACAUCUUGCGCACUCGCCUCCUUGGCGAAUACCAUGAUUCGCGGUUGGCGGGACACCUUGGCGUCGCCCGCACACUAGCACGACUCCACCAGCAAUUUCACUGGCCGGACAUCAUCAGUGACCUCAAUCGGCACAUUCAGUCAUGUGCAGUUUGCCACCGGAACAAAGGGCACCAUCAGCUCCCGUACGGCGAACUGAAACCAUUGCCGAUUCCUCGGGAACCGGGUCUCUCCGUUGCUAUGGAUGUGACCGGUCCUUUUCCUCGCGAUCGCCUUGGCCAUGACGGUAUUCUCACGGUCGUUGACCGUUUGAGCAAGUACACUCGAUUUCUUCCAUGCAAGUAUCAUGCGACGGCUCCUGAGCUCGCACGGCUUUUGCAUACCGGCUGUUUUUGCAGCCACGGCGUUUCGGAAGACAUCGUCAACGACCGCGACACUCGUUUCAUGUCGGCCUUUUGGACGACACUCAUGGUGGAGUCCGGCACCAGCAUGAAAUCGAGUUCCGCACGACAUCCUCAAACGGAUGGGCAAACAGAAUGUGCGCACCAGACUGCGCAGAUGAUGCUCCGCACACUCAUCCGCCCGGAUCAGAAGGACUGGGUUGACCGCCUUCCCGACAUCGAGUUUGCCUACAACACUUCGGUGCACCCGGCGAUUGGCGUGACUCCAUUCGAGUUGCACCAUGGUGGACGGAAAGGACAUAUCUUCGCAGACAUUUUGCUUCCACAGGCUGCUGAUAUCGACGCCGCUUGCCCCCCCGCUUCUACACGAAAGUACAAGGAACUGUUGGCCAAAGCCCGCGCAAACAUGCAAAAGGCCCAGGUCCGUAUGGAGCAGCAAGCGAAUCGGCGUUGCAUCCCAUGUCCAAUACGCGUUGGCAACCUAGUUUGGGUCACCUCCGCGGAAUUCGCGCUCGAGCAGCACGUCUCGCGCAAGCUCCUCCCUAAGUGGUUUGGAUCAUGGAUGGUCACUUCAUCAGUUGGCGACGACCCCGCAGGUCCAUCUUUCAUCAUUGAGAUUCCCCCGCAUUUGACGGUCCACCCAAUAUUUCACGCUUCAAAGCUGGCGGUCUAAACUCCAACCUCCGCAGCGGACUUUC